GGCAGCACCAUGGCCUGCUGCAGCCGGUGAGGUCUUCGCAGCCUUUCGGCUCGGCUUUCGGAUCAUAUUUCACUGGCUGCAGACGUCGUCACGGAACAGGUGUCCGUGCAAAUGACCGGGCCGUUCAUGAGAGUGAGUUGUUUUAUUUAAAAGCACUUAGCAGCUGUGAAAUCACAAUGAAGCUCCGGCUCUGUUGUGGGGCAGAGCUGCACUUCACCACCACCACCCAGCAAGAAGGGCGAUAACAGCUGCAGCUAGUGGCAUCCCCCGCCUCAUAUGUAAACAGCGCUCCUGUGGACCGGGUAGUGUCUUACGUUUUUAUUGUGAUAUUUUAAGAACCAUUUGCUGCCGCGGGUUCCUUUUUUUUUUUUUUUUAAAUCUUUACUGACCGAGUGAAAAACAACGACAGCCGGAGCAGUAGGAGUAACUGCGUUGCGAGGAGGAGCAUCCACCUUUGAGGGCUAUUAAAGCGCAGCAGACGGAGAGACAGGGACUCUGCGCCCAGACGGAGAGGAGUCAACAUGUUUGAGACCAAAGGAAUCCCUUUUGUCCUGCUCGAUUUAGUCUGUCUAAUUCUAGCGGGACUCCCAUUUGCAAUACUCAAUUUGCUGCACAGGCCUUUCCGCCGAGGCUUUUUCUGUAGUGACGAUACGAUCAAGUACCCCUAUAAAGAGGACACCAUUUCAUAUCAGUUGUUAGGAGCUGUUAUGAUUCCCUGCACAAUACUCAUUAUGGUCUUUGGCGAGUGCCUUUUAGUUUAUUUAAAGCGCAUCGAAUCCAAAUCAACGUUCGGCAACUAUGUUGCCUGUGUUUACAAAGCCAUCGGUACCUUCGUCUUUGGUGCCGGCAUGAGUCAGUCUCUGACGGACAUCGCAAAGUAUUCGAUCGGCCGGCUCAGGCCGCACUUCCUUGAUGUGUGCAAACCGGACUGGAAACUCAUCAACUGCACAGCAGGCGUAUACAUCGAAAACUUCAACUGCACUGGAGAUCCGAAGGUGGUCAACGAAGGCAGACUGUCCUUCUAUUCUGGCCACUCGUCGUUCUCCAUGUACUGCAUGCUGUUCCUCGCUCUCUACCUGCAGGCGCGGCUUCAGGUCCAGUGGGCGCGGCUGCUCAGACCAACCCUCCAGUUCUUCCUGAUCGCUGCCUCGGUGUACACCGGCCUGUCAAGGGUUUCCGAUUACAAACAUCACUGGAGCGACGUGCUGACAGGGCUGCUGCAGGGCGCAGUCAUGGCUCUGCUGGUGGUCUUCUUCAUAUCAGACUUUUUCAAAACAACAGAGUGCCGUAAAGAGACGGACAUCCCUCACACAACGCUGCAGGAGACCCCCACAAACGGGAAUCACUUUGAGAGUCCCAACUAAGCUAAGUGGAGCUAAGCUAAGAGUCCUCUCCUUCCAACGCACACCCAGAAUUCCAGCUUCGAAGCCUUUAAUCCCGAGCAAAUCCCCCAUUCAAUACGCUGCAUGGACGUUUAGUUUGAACUACCUGAUUAUUCCUCAAGUUAUCUGAACUCUCAAAACCACACAUGGCCUCUUUGAAUUUCACACUUUAAGGUAUUUCGUGCUUGUCUACCAGUGCUCCGUGUGAAAGAUUGUGAAAAGUAUCCAGCUGUAGAUCACAAGCUGAAGAUUGAAAAAUGAGGUGGAUCUAUUAGUGUGAUCAACUGAAGCGGAGGGAAAACUGCAUGCACCAAAAGGAUCUGACCACUGCCUUGAGGGAGGGCGCGUUGGAAACCUGUGAAUGUAAUCCUGCUUAGUGCUUUUCCUGAACUGCAGUCAGCAUGCUCAUGGAUCUGAUUUAGGGUCAGUUUUAUGUCUCCAGUAGUGAAUGAAGGAAAAGGGUUAACAGAGGAUGAAGCUGACCCUAAGCCAGAGAACAGCGCUGUUGCACAUCCAGACUGCUGCUGUCUAACCUGAUAUCAUAAACCAAGUGUUUGUUUUGUGGCUUUGGGUUAGCGUGAUGCACAGCUGACUGCCGAGUCCUGUGUUGCCUUGUACUGGACUGCUGUGGCUGCUAUUACAGCUCCCUGUGGAUCUUAUAUAAAACAAAUACAGAACAAUGUGCUUUUGUAUAAUCUGUAUGCAAACAAAUCACCAUACAGACUUUUUAUUGAAAAGACAAAACAAUGUUAUAAUUAUGUACAAAUGUCUAAAAUAAGGAAAAAUAAAGCCAUCUAACUCACAAACAUUAA